AUGUCGCAAGCCAAGGGUGUUAAGACUCUGCUGGAGUACACUGACUCGGUGUACGAACUAACUGAUGCCAAUGACUCGGUGUACGAACUAACGGAUGCCAAUGAUUCGGUGUACAAACUAACUGAUGCCAAUGACUCGGUGUACGAACUAACUGAUGCCAAUGACUCGGUGUACGAACUGAUGCCAAUGACUCGGUGUGAUGUGUCUCAGGUCAAUGUGUCUCAGGUGGCCAAUGUGUCUCAGGUCAAUGUGUCUCAAGUCAAUGUGUCUCAGGUCAACGUGUCACAUGUCAAUGUGUCUCAGGUGGCCAAUGUGUCUCAGGUGGCCAAUGUGUCUCAGGUCAAUGUGUCUCAAGUCAAUGUGUCUCAAGUCAAUGUGUCUCAGGUCAAUGUGUCUCAAGUCAAUGUGUCUCAGGUCAACGUGUCACAGGUCAACGUGUCUCAAGUCAAUGUGUCUCAGGUGGCCAAUGCGUCUCAAGUCAAUGUGUCUCAAGUCAAUGUGUCUCAAGUCAAUGUGUCUCAGGUCAAUGUGUCUCAGGUCAAUGUGUCACAGGUCAAUGUGUCUCAAGUCAAUGUGUCUCAGGUCAACGUGUCACAGGUCAACGUGUCUCAAGUCAAUGUGUCUCAGGUGGCCAAUGUGUCUCAGGUCAAUGUGUCUCAGGUGGUCAAUGUGUCUCAGGUGGUCAAUGUGUCUCAGGUGGUCAAUGUGUCUCAGGUCAAUGUGUCUCAGAUACUGUCAUAUCUAGCCUUCCCAUGA